GCUUUAGCCUAGCCGCGCUGCCGAGCGAUGACAUGCUUUGGCACAGAAAUGCUAUUCCACCGGGGCACCGCGGCGGCGUCUCAUCGGCUAGGCUAGCUCGUAGGAAUGGAAAAAAAUCACCGGUUGCUUGCUAGGCGCCUAGAUACCAUUCAGUGUUUUUGUGUGAUGCUUCUUACACAUUAAAUAUCCCCCCCCCCCCCAAAAAAAAAGGAAAUAAGAGAAGGUGGCCACCAGCAAUCAGGUCGGCAGAGACGUAUCAGAGACCUUGAAGUUCUCAGCUUUGAUGCAGCACAGUGUACCUAGUGCAAGAUGACGGAAGAGGUGAUUGUCAUCGCCAAGUUUGACUACAUGGCCCAGCAGGACCAGGAGCUGGACAUCAAGAAAAACGAGCGCCUCUGGCUCCUCGACGACUCCAAGUCCUGGUGGAGGGUUCGGAAUGCCACCAACAAAACGGGCUUUGUGCCGUCCAACUACGUGGAGAGGAAAAACAGCGCCCGGAAAGCUUCUAUUGUCAAGAACCUCAAAGAUACACUCGGAAUUGGGAAGGUCAAGAGCAGAAAGGGCGGGAUGAGAGACACGGCGUCCAAUGCCGACUCAGACAUGUACGCGGAUAACGGAGAGCGGCUGUACGACCUCAACCUGCCCGCCCUGGUCAAGUUCAGCUACACGGCCGAGCGCGAGGACGAGCUGAGUCUGGUGAAGGGCACGCGUGUGGUGGUGAUGGAGAAGUGCAGCGACGGCUGGUGGCGCGGCAGCUACAACGGGCGAUCGGGCUGGUUUCCAUCCAACUACGUGACGGAGGACGUGGACGGGACGGCGGGGGGCGGUGGAAUGGGCGGGCUGGGCGACCCGAUCGGAUCGCUGACCGAGAAGCUGGCGGCGGUGGUGAACAGCACCACGAACGGGAACAGGGUGCUGCACACGGUGCAGGCGCUCUACCCGUUCAGCUCGGGCAACGACGAGGAGCUGAACUUUGAGAAGGGUGAGGUGAUGGAGGUGGUGGAGAAGCCCGAGAACGACCCCGAGUGGUGGAAGUGCCGCAAAGUGGACGGACAGCUGGGCUUGGUGCCCAAGAACUACGUCACUGUGCUGGACUCCACCUCCCACAAACCCACGGCGGCGCUCACCGGGCCGCCCACACCCGACUGUGACUACAUCUCGCCGUCGGGCACCGGGCGCUUCGCGGGGAAGGAGUGGUACUACGGGAAGGUGACGCGCCACCAGGCGGAGGUGGCCCUCAACCAGAGGGGCUCCGAGGGGGACUUCCUCAUCCGGGACAGCGAGUCGUCGCCAAACGACUUCUCCAUCUCCCUGAAGGCGCAGAGCAAGAACAAGCAUUUCAAAGUGCAGCUGAAGGAAAACCUUUACUGCAUCGGACAGCGCAAGUUCAACUCCAUGGAGGAGCUUGUUGAACACUACAAAAAAGCCCCGAUCUUCACCAGUGAGCAGGGCGACAAACUGUACCUGGUCAAGGCCCUGGCAGCCUCCUGAUCCCUCUGUGCCACACACACACACCUCGACACAUUAACUGCAUCCAUACAGUAUAUAUAUGCACAUACAGAUACUCACACCGCAACACACACUAACACGUCAACUCCAUGCCUGAGAACUUGACACAUUGUCAGGACUUUGAUGCCCGAUCUGUGAGCAUUCCAAGAGGAGGUCUGAGGCAGAAGAAAAGACUGUGGACUCCUGAGAGCCGACUACAGACCCUCUCAGUCGCCUAUUUUAAAUUAUCCAGAUGUGUUAGGUCAUUAGGCAAUGCCAUGUAUUUCCACCUUGAUAUCUUAUUAGUUGCAUUUAGUUUUCUUUUUUUUUUUUUCUUCGAUAAUAUAUAAUCUUUUAACAGUUUUCUUUUUAAAAUGUGAUGAUUUUUUUUUUUUUAACUAUAUUCAACACAACAACAACCGCAUUUCACGUUAGCAGAUUCUGACCGGAUCCCGGUGAGGUCUACGUUUCAGCUCGUCUCUGUGUUGGCUGUUUUAAAGGCUGCGGACACAACCGGUCCACAACGUCUUGCUAAGUGCAAACCAUGAAUAAAAAUUAAGUGACCAAAAUAUAUUUAUUGAUACAGCUCUAUUAGACAUUGGAAUAUCACAACUGUGCAUCUGUGCGUCCGCGUGUGUGAGGUGAAGAUUCCUCUUCUUGUGCAUUGUCGACUUCUUCUCCUCCGUACCACAGAACUGCUUGUCUCACAUUUUGCUGAAUCCACAUUAUGUGAAUGUUACAGAGGAGAGUCAAAACUCCCACAACUUUUUAAAUCCUCACACCAUUUCAGCUGGGGGGGAGGAGAUGUUGACGACGGGAGUUCAUCCGUGUGUCCGAAGGUCAUGUGAAGAGUCAUUCCCCCCCUUGUACACUGACCAGUCCUGUGGAGCUUGGGAGGAGGAGGAAGCGUCAGGCCAAGUCCACAGGAUGAUGUCACUGAUUGCUGGAGGGAAUGGGGGAAGUAAAAGGUUGCCCAGGGGUCGCGUUUGUGUGGCUGCAGAGUAUACAUGUCAAACUAAUGGACAGAGAGGAGGUUCAGAAAACUAAUGCGUAUGACUGCCGCUGGAAGAACAGUGAACUGGUUUCAAUGCUUUUGAUGUCUGGAAAUUUUUAUUUCCGAGACUUAAAGAAUUGAGUCUCUGUGAACUCCCCCUGGUUCUGGGAAACGCAGCUCGGUUUUCCCCCCCGGUGUGUGUGUGUGUGUGUGUGUAGUCCGAGUCAAGUCAGAAGACAUGUUUACAGCGCAACAUGUGGCUUAUAUUCACAGAAUAGUCUGUAGUGAAUGGGAGUUAGUGGAGAGAAAAUGGACCAAGUAGUGUUUGAAUGUUGGAGGGCCGCUACAGUAGAACCAGUGCCUGCAGUGGAAGCGAGGAGAUGACGACGACGAUGAGGAGGAGGGGGAAGAUGAUUAUGAUGAUGACGAUGCCUGCGAUGAUGAGUUCUCCAGCUGUGGCCAGUUGGACCCGAGUGCAGAGAGAGACUCAGAGCGUGCCAGAGGGAUUUCACAGAGGAGGAAUGGAAAAAUGAACCCGUUUUUUUUUGUUUUUUGUUUUUUGUUUUUUUAUAUAAAGGCAGAGAGUUAGGAUCCAGGGAAGAGACUUUGGAGAAUCUGUUCCACUGGAUGAGAAUAUCUGGAAUUCUGCUCCCGGUCAAUACUUGGGCGGGGAAGACGAACAGAGGCCAAGGCUGAAGAGAAAAAAGAUUUCUGACGGGCUUUUAAGGUCCAGUAAUACCACACAACACAUGGUGUGUCUGCUCUCCGUUCCCCAGGUGUUUGACAGAUAUUCAUAUUCAUAUUCACACAAAAGCUGUCGGAACAACAAGUGUAUUUUCUCUUCUUUAGAUGAGGAAUUAACGGGGAAAAAUAAUAACCUGUCAAUUUGUUUCAGGGUGGCCUCAAAUUGGCAAGUUCUAAUUUUACAUCUACAGCACCAGUCAGAAUCUCCAUGUAACUGUAAUCACACCAUAGUAUACAAGUCCAACAGUUUAUAUAUGAUACAUAAAUAUAUGUCAACAUUCCAAGAUGGAUGGUUUCUGUCAGGCCCCACCGGAUUUCUAACUACAGGAUUUUUUAUCAUAUGACUUUUUUUUUUUCAUAUACAGUCCUAAAUCAUACAAAGACUUAUUCCAGUUUCACAUAUUAUUUGGAUAUUUGUGCCUGUUUUUGGGAUCUGACCGCGUCCCCAGUCGCCAGAUACAUAUUUGGAUAUUACAAAAAUCCGAUUAACAUUAUUGUUAUUUUACAACCCUAUCCCCCACUGCUGUGCUGGUGCCAUGUUGCUGACACUUUGUGUGCGAGACAUUGUUUUGCCUGCGGUAGUAAAUAGUAAUCCACUGUUGUCAGCAACCCCCGUUCUUUUUUUUAAAGAUGUAUUUAAAAAAAUGUUGGUAUGUGUGCGUUUCCCUCCCUCUCCCUUCCAUCUCUACACAAUCUGCACUGUUACGCAGCAUGAACGUGACAAACCCCAACGCCGUGUGCCCCAGUUUGAAGGAUUUGGACGACAAUAUUUCAAUGUGCCUUCACAGCUUUCUGUCAACCAAAGGUUUAGUGCCCCCCACUCCACUUUAUCCAGUUCUUCCCCCUUGUCACCGCUGCCUGUUAUUCUAUUCAGAUAAAGUUUUGCAUGUGCAUCAGUCGUGUCUGAAACCAUCCAAAGGUAUUUCCUUAAACACUCACGUUGUUGAUGUAGGCUGAUAAUGUCAUUGUCCAACUUUUUUCUUUUUUGUCAUGCAAUUAAAAAAAAAAGAAAUGCCCAUUAGUCAAUACUGUGUGUAGUUUUCAAGUGACCUUAUACCGUAGCUGAUCUCAUCAAGUAUAACUUCAUGUACAGUAUAUGAAAAAUAUGUGCUGAUGAUCUAUUCGGGAAAAAAACAAUAACCCCCAAGGUGUGAUGUAACCAAUGGCCUGAAUCUGUGUGUGUGCACCUGGAGCAAACGGUAUCACAUGUUAUUGGUUGUCAAGAAAACCGUCAUGGUUUCCAAGGAAAUAGUUUUUUGUUUUUUUUUUUAAUGUCUGUAUGUAUUUCAUAUAAGACUAUAGUGUCAGACAUUCACUUUUGCAGUUUAGCCACUUAAAUAUGUAAAAAGAAAUAACGUCAAGGAUACUCCAAUGUGUGACUGUAUCUACAAAUACAGAAGUACAGUAUCUCCUUGCGUACAUAUUGUUAUGAACUGGGAUCCUUCUUUUUUUUUUUUUUCAUUUUACAACGGAGGCCGCAUGAGCAGAGCCUCGUCGCUGUACAGAGAUGGUUUUUGAAAUCUGCUUCAAAAGACACCUUGUCUGAUAUCAUUCAAGAGAUCCGUUCGUCUGACGUUGUUCUCGUGAUCAAGAACCACAGUGCGCCUGCGAUCAUCGUGAAGCCGAAGAUGGAUUCGAUUUGAUAAUAUAACUGAGGGACAAAUAUGGGCCCAAGUUGUUUGGAGCUUUCUGGUGCUUUUUGUGCUGCUUUGACAUUUCUGUGGUUGGUUGUUUUUUGUUUUUUUUUUUGUCUCGCGAGACUUUGUCGUUGUCGUCGUUGUUGAGCGAGAGUGUGACGAGAGCGGGACCCGUGCUGUGGGACGAUCGAGGCGAGAUGCUGUGAAACAUUUAAUGUCAUGCUCUUUAAUACUGUUCUUCUGGAGGUGGGAGAUGUGUUCAGGUGUAAUGAUUUAGGAGAGUUUAUUAGAGUGUUCAAAAGACGUAAUAAACCACAUUAAAAAAAUGA